CCGAGUCGGGAAUCGACCGAGCUGGAAUCGAUUCGUCCGCCGCGCCGUCGCUCUGAUUCUGCUCGCGCCACGUGCGGCUCGUCCCGACUGUCGCUGCGUCGCCUGCAACUUGCGGGCAACAUGUUUUGGGGUCUCACUCUGGAGCAGGGGAAAUGCUACUCCCAGGAGGUCAAGGAGUCGUUCCACAUCACCAUGGCUGCAUUGGACCCUCAGUCCGACCACGGCGCCAGCACGGUGAGCGUGCUGGUGAACGUCUGCGACGGUGGCGACUUUGUGGCGUGCACCCUGCAGCAGGGCCACUGGCAGCAGUCGCUGGACCUGGUGUUUGUGCAGGGUGAGGUGGUCACCCUGGCCUCCAGGGGUCGUGGCGUGGUCCAUCUCACAGGCUACCUGUUGGGCGACGAAGGCAAGUCCAUCCUCGACACGAGCAAGCAGUGGGAGAGCAGCAGUCAAGUCUCAACCGCCAACGGAGUCAAGCGGCCAUCGAGAAGCACGAAGGUACCACCCCUACCAGCCAAAAAGCUAAAAAUUGAAACGCUGGACAGCCUGGAGGCGGACGGCAGCGACGAGGACAACGACGAUGACUACGUGGAGGAGGUGGAGGAAGGUAGUGAUGAGGAAGAGCAGGAGAUGGAGGAUGUGGAGUCACCGGUUGCGAAGAAAACACAGAAAGCGGAUGUCACCAGUGAAAAGGCCAAAGCUGACAAGACGCCCAAAGCAAAGGCGCCACAGUCAGCCAAGGAGGCGGCCCCAACCCUAAAGACCCCGCAGAAGCAGCAAUCGCCCAAUCAGAAAGCGAAACUGGCGGCGGCGCAGCCCCAGACACGCCCAGCGACCCCGGGGCCCAAGACGACCCUGCCAGGCGGCCUCCUGUCCCAGGAUGUGACGAUCGGCACCGGCAUACGCGCCAAGCGCGGGAAGAUGGUGACCGUCUACUACAAGGGCAUGCUCACCAGCGGCAAGGAGUUCGACUCGACCACCAGCGGGAAGGGCUUCACCUUCCGCCUCGGAGCAGGCGAGGUCAUCAAGGGCUGGGACAUGGGGAUCGAAGGGAUGAGUGUGGGAGGCAAGAGGAAGCUGUCGAUUCCCCCGCACCUCGCGUACGGGAGCAAGCGCAUGGGCCCCAUUCCGCCCAACAGCACCCUCAAUUUCAGCGUGGAACUGAAGAGAGUCAGCUAAGCAUCGUGGGAAAUGGACGCGCUUGGCCAUAACACCGAUUGGGAUAAAAGAAAAAUGAGUGCAACCGUGAUAAUGUAAUUUACAUUUCUGUUUUAUGGAUUGCGGGUACCGUUGUUUUCGAGAGAUGGGGGUUGCCGUAGCGCCAGUUCGUGCAGUUUGCGUGCACAUUUGUGUUGCGUGGCAGUCUCCGGACCGGACGGAAGCCGACAAUGUGGUCGUUAUGAAUCAUGCGUUCUGACAUGGGACAUGCCGCCCCAACACUGCCCGUCCACAGACUAUUAUGCCAAAGUCGCCCCACGUACUAUGGCAAACGCCAGCUGAUACCUUUCAUGUCCGUCCACUGAAUGAAGAGCCCAAAUUUACACGAAUCUUAACGGUGCACAAUGUUAUAAUUUAAUUACACUCCCCGUGCGGAGCGAUAGAUUUGUAAAUACUUCGGUCUACCAAGCUCGGACGUCCACAAACCAGUUUUUUAUUGUAUUACUCGACUCGCCUGUGCGGUUGUCAAUGUGGCAGAGUUGCGGUGGUCGACCCGUCGACCACGUGCGCUUCGCUUCCCACUCCAAUCACCUAUGACCCAUGACCCAUCGCGACGCCCCCUCCCUCACCGUUGUGCUCCCCUCUUCAUCAACACCUGCCCCAAACUUGACCUUUAACCCCCGCCUAUCUUUGGACUACGAUGGCCGCCGUGGAUUUUCAUCCCGAUCUUGACUUUGUUUCGCAAUAAAUAUCUGUGUUUAUUUUGUA